UCACGUUACACAAUUCCGCAUAUUAGUAGGCUAUAAAUAAGUGCCUUGUUACAAUAGGUUUUGCCUACAGUAGCAAAUCUGGUCAAUGCAGGCCAGUUUAGCUACUGUUGCUGAAAUAUAGCUAAUUAUGAUUUGGAAAUGUAUGGAUAGGCGAAGUUAUCUAGUCUAAGUGGAUCUUGGUCUGCAAUGAGAACAAUAGUAACUGUAACAUGUUUCAGAUAAUGUACUUUACAUUACUGACAAUGUUAAACCUAAAAAUUGUUCAGUCAAAAUAUAGACUUGUUUACCACACAAUUUUAGUACGGCAUUAACUAGCUAGUAGCAUACUGCCUGGAAAUAUUAUCUAGCUUGUUCAGCUAACAAAAGCCUAUCUUGUGUUCCAUUCAGUAGUUGGCCUACCAAAAAUGAGCUUGAUGACUGCAUAGAGACUAGGCGUUGGCCAGCUACCCAUUAUAACGUUAACUUCUCCGUCCUGAAACAGUUUUUCUGAAGCAAGCAAGAAAUUUGGGAAAAUAUGGACGUCCACAGCUGCACUGGUAUCGGUGAUUAUGAAAUAUUGGUUGAAAUCGGAGAGGGCGCCUAUGGCAAAGUGUACAAAGCCAGAGAGACGAAGGACAAGCAACGCCUCGUCGCACUGAAGAAGCUGAAUAUACCAAACGACCCGGAGAGCGGCAUACCUGCGUUCAUGAUCCGGGAGGUGGCGCUGUUGCGAAAAACUGAGUGCUUCAACCACCCAAAUAUUGUGAAGUUACUAAACGUAUCGGCCGGACUACGGAAUCGAACCUUGGACUUAACGUUGGUUUUUGAGUACAUCGAUCAAGACUUGACAACGUUCCUUGCGUCAGCCCCACCGAGCGGAUUGAGUCUGGAAAAAAUUAAAGAUAUGAUGCGUCAGCUGUUGACCGGGCUGGAUUUUCUCCACACCAACAUGCUGGUGCACCGCGACCUGAAGCCGGACAACGUGCUGGUCAGCAGCCGAGGGGAGGUGAAGAUCGCCGAUUUUGGGCUGGCCCGAAUCUACAGCCAUCAGAUAGCUCUCACGCCCUGUGUGGCGACGCUGUGGUACAGGGCCCCAGAGGUGCUCCUGCACUCUGUGUACAUGCCCUCUGUGGACAUGUGGAGCGCAGGCUGCAUCUUCGCUGAGCUCUUCCUCCUCAGGCCCUUGUUCCGCGAGUUCUCCGAGGCGCGGCUGCUGCAGAAUAUCUUUGAGGUCAUCGGCCUGCCCGAGGAGGAGGACUGGCCAGCAGAGAGCCCCCUGCCGUACUCCUCAUCCUGGGGAACAGGCGCGCGGUCCACCCAGCUGCUCCCAAACCUGAGCCUGCAGGAGAACGACCUACUGACCUGUCUGGCGUUCAACCCCGCCAAGCGGAUCUCAGCCUCCAGGGCGCUGGCCCACUCUUUCCUGACUGGACCCUGAAGGGGGGCGGAGCCUGAGGCGGAAGUCUGGGGGUUCGGUGCCCCGGUCUGGGCCAAGCUCUACAGAAUACGUUUUUCUGCUGAAAUUGAACUUUGAUUUCCCAGCUGACUGAAUACCCAUUAUUGAGCGGGUGCUGAUUUUCCCAGUUCCUUUGGAUUCCUUGUGUCGUAAGGUGCAUCUUAUAAUGUGAAAUGAGAGAGCCCGAAACCGCACGGCGAAAAUAGCGGUAUCCUGGGAGAGGAACAGCUGACUGAGUCUGAGCCAUCAUGCAUAACAAAUGCUCAGUGUCCAUUUCCUUCUCAUUUGUAGAAUUUGUAGUUCUUGACAUCUGAAAGAAAAUUAUUCAAAUUGCACCAACCCCCCCCC